UGCAGCGAAUGCAACAUCUUCCUCCACAAAACAUGUGCCGAGCUGCCAAGGGAGAUGUUGCAUCAUCCCCUGCACCUUGACCAUCCACUCAAACUCCUGCCAAAUUCACCUUAUCCCAAAGACAGAAGCUGCUUGUGCGACGCCUGUAGACAACCAUGGAAUAGCUUCGUCUAUCAUUGUUAUCGUUGCAAUUUCGACCUCGAUAUCUUGUGUGCUUUUCCUCAAGGCAAAUUGGAACAUCCUAGCCAUGAACAUCUACUGACUCUGGUACAAAGAAUAGCUUCGUUCGCUUGCGAUGCUUGUGGAACAAAAGAGGAGCAGCAAUCCUAUAUUUGUACAGCCUGUACAUUCUGGAUCCAUAGGAGUUGUGCCUUGUUGCCGACUAUCAACCAUCGAAAGCCUCAUCAGCAUCCUCUUUCUCUUGCAUAUUGUUUUCCGAUUGAAUAUCGUAGAUAUGAAAUUCCGUGUGACAUCUGCUUCAAGAAAAUACCCUUCCAAAAUUGGCUGUACUAUUGCGGUCCCUGUAGAUACUUUGUCCAUCUCAAGUGCAUGACGAAUGACAGGAUUCUACCAAGCAGGCGUGGAAUGCAUGGACCAAAGGGAAAUCAAAGGAAGAAUUCCUUUGGCUUCUACCGAUGUGGGACGAAGCAAAAAACGCGUUUGUUGACCAACGCGUCGUUCAACAAGGAAGAUGAGGAGGAUUUGGUCCAAUUACCUACCAACGAUUUUGUCCAAGAAAUUAGACAUAUUUUGGAGAAAAAACAGGGCCUGGAGAUUGUGCGAGUUCCCAAGAAAGUGCAGGUCAGUUGUUGCCAACAUACUUUGGCUAUUGUGGACAUCCAGAAACUUAUCAAAUCAAGAAAUGUUGAACGCAUAACAUGCAACAGAUGCAUUGAACCUGUUGUUUCUUUGUGCUGCCAAUGUACUCGAUGCAAUUAUUUUGUCCACUUAACCUGUGCUCAAUUACCAGAGGAACUGCAACACCCAAGUCAUGAGAAGCAUAAACUUAAGCUGGCUUUUGUUUCAUAUGUAUGGGGGAUGAUCAAGCGUAGCGCUUGCAAUCUGGACUGUAAUGGCUACUUAUUCAAGUGUGACACAUGUAGGUUGUAUACUUUUGAUGUCAAGUGUGCUUUAUUACCCUCCACAAUCGAUCACAAAGCCCACGAGCAUUCCCUUGUUCAAACGUAUAGGGGCGAUGGCAACAAAUGCAACUCCUGUGGAAAUGUUGUUCGUAGUUUUCUUUAUGCCUGUGAGCCUUGUGGUUUCUAUUUGAACUAUGAAUGUGCUUUGCUACCAGAGAGUGUCAAUCACAGGUGGGAUAAACACACUCUUCCCCUAAGCUUUCCUCCUUUCAGUGACCGCCCUGAUGAAUUCUAUUGUGAGAUUUGCGAAGAAGAAAUUCAUCCCAGACGUUGGCACUAUCAUUGUCGCGAGUGUGAUCAAUCUUUUCACCCUCGUUGUAUCCCCGGACUUGGUGUGACACGAAAUUGCAAUUUUGGGCGCAUUCUUGAAUUUGGAAGACAUCCGCACCCUCUCAAGUUAGUUCGUGAAGGUGAAUAUCGUUCCACCUGCGACUCUUGCCAUGAACGGAUGUAUGGCAACAGGGUGUUUAAAUGUGAAACUUGCCAGUUCUAUAUAUGCAUUAAAUGUGUAGCAAGAGUAGCUGAUUCUGGCAAAGUCGCUGGUCCUGCUAAGAUUUCUGAGUGGUGUGUUUAA